AAGCUCUUGCACAACCGGAAUUACUCAGCAAACCUGGAUUUCACCGAUCACAAUUCUCCCGAUAUGGGCAAUGUUGCUUUUUAGAUUGGUUCGUUCGCCUUCACCUUGUCCUUGUCCAAUAUUCGUGGCCGCAGCUGGCCCCUUUUCGGCGCCCCCCUUGUCAACGCAUGAGGGCCUAGAAACUGAAUCCCUACCCCAGCGAACCUGAAUGACGGACUAGCUCUUUACCCCCUUCGACAUUUCAACUCGUGCAAAAUAAUCCGUCCCAUUCCAGCGCUUCCUAUCCUCCUCUGGCACAAUCUUGACAGUCUUUGCUCUCAAUUGCGGAGAUCUGGGCAUCGAGUUUCGAGUACAGUUUCAAGGAGCCACGUCAUUGAGUCCUGUGCCCUCAUCAUUGCUUCGUCUCCCUCGUGAGAUUUGGCCACACCAAACCGUCGCACUCGUCGAUCAAGGAGGCAGAACUGAAUAUAUACGACAAUGAAGUUCAGAAGGCGGCCCUCACCGCUCCUCCUCCUUCUUUUACCGUCGCUGGCUACAGUGCUUGUUGCUGCUGCCCAAGACGGCACCAAAUCGACUCUCUCCAAAGCUACACAACCUCGAGACACAAAAAUAGAAACGAAUUCAUCGCCCAUUGUUGACCUGAAUACUAAGUCAAAGUACGAUAUAGGGACAAAGGAUGCGCCAGUAGAUGGCAAGGAUGGCAAACCGCAUGCUGGCCCUUUCGUCGGCUCCGAGAAGGAUUCCAAGAAAUCCAAGGACAAACCCAAGACAACCUCUGAGGAUGGAGAGCUAGUGUUGGGGAAGGAGGAACAUGCAGACCUGAAAGCACCGGAUGGAGGGAAGAUACCUCCAGUCAAUGACGGGGUUAUGGACGAUCCAAAUCGAGAGUUGCCAAAACAGGGCACGACCGGCACCGAGGGAGGAGUGAGCGAGAAGGACAAAGCUCGUAAAGCAAAGGAAGGCCAAACCGGGGAGAAGCUAGAGAAGAAGCCCGACUCGCCAAAAGAAGCACCACCGAUGCCUGUGAGCGAACAGGCCAACUUGAAGAGCGAAAAGACCAAAGCGAAGGACACCGACGACGACGACGAUGAUAUUGGCGGGCUCGAGAAACCAAACGAUCUCCCAAACAAGCCUAAUAAUCUUCCACAUCCUCUCCCGAACUCUGCGAACAAAGAUCACUUAGACAUUUCAAAGCCAGAUACCACGAAAUCUUCACCCAAAUACAAUUUACCAGAGGACGAAAGUGCCGAGGGCCUCAUUCAGCCUUUCCAUUCAUAUAUUCUUUCACUCACCAUGAUUCUCUUCUCCGAGAUUGGCGACAAAACGUUCUUAAUCGCUGCCCUCAUGGCUAUGAAGCACGAUAGACUUCUUGUCUUCUCAGCCGCUUUCUCAGCAUUGAUUGCUAUGACGAUCCUGUCUGCAGUUCUCGGCCACGCAGUCCCGACAUUAAUCCCAAAACGAUUUACCAAUUUCCUGGCUGCGGCCCUGUUUCUCGUGUUCGGCGCGCGUAUGCUACGAGAGGGGUUGGCAAUGAGUCCGGACGAAGGAGUAACUGCGGAAAUGCAGGAGGUUGAGCAAGAGUUAGAGGAGAAGGAGCACCUGGCACGCCAGCAAGGACGACGAAGGUCGUCAAUCUCCCCUUACGCCCUUGAGAUGGGACUUGGACGAACAAGUACAAGAAAGUCGAGGUCUGGCUCAAGAUUACCAUCCCCGCCUCGGAGUCCAUCUUCAUCGCCUGAACGCUCACCCUCUCCCAGACGAUCGAAUUUGACAGGGAUCAUGAUCGGUCUCAACAAUCUCCUCUCCCUACUGCUCUCUCCCGCCUGGGUGCAGACAUUUGUGAUGACCUUUUUGGGAGAGUGGGGGGAUCGCAGUCAAAUUGCGACAAUCGCAAUGGCUGCCGGACAGGACUACUGGUGGGUCACAGGUGGAGCAGUAAGUGGCCAUGCUGUAUGUACAGGUGUCGCAGUCAUUGGCGGGCGGGCAAUUGCUGGAAAAGUGAGCUUAAGAGUUGUAACAUUAGGGGGUGCGAUAGCUUUCCUAAUUUUCGGGGUCAUCUACCUCGUAGAAGCGUUCUACUACGCCUGAGCGAUACUUGUGUGUUGUACUAUAACAUAGAAAAGUUCCGAUUCUUCGCCACCGCGGGCUCAUUUUCUCUAAUAUACUUGCAUUUCUGUUGUAUCCUGGUGGGUCUAAGACACAAAUAAGGGUUGGGUAUUGGUGCCAGCGAAAAGGUUUCCUUUGUUGGAGCUUUACAGGAUGUGGGAUCACUGUACAUGUGGACUGGGGCAUAAGUGGAGUCAAUAGGCAAGAUUAGUUAGAUCAUCUGGAGACUUACAGAUAUCAUAUGCUUGACCAGAACACCACAACUCGC